AAAUUUAGUUUGUCAGUGAUGGUGUUUGUGUUUGUAAAUUUAAUACACAAAUCGCGGCCAUUAAAUUCAAAACUUUUAUUGAUGUCUUCCACUGACGAAUAAAGGAUCCGUCGUUUUUAAACACCAAAUACAUUUUUAAAAGAAGUACGAAACGCGAUAUUAAUUUCCAUCACCACCUGAUGUUUUUUUAUUGUCAUUAAGUAAUCUCAAAGGUUACUAACACACUAAAAAAUUAGCUUCUUGGAAACAUCUUACAAAAGCUUUAAAGAUAACACCACAGUUAGCAAAUAUUAGAACUAGUCAAUAAUGGCUAGUUUUGCUGCUCAGGCUGCGCUUCGUUCAAAAUGGACAGAUUUAGUUGAAUCCUCCUCAUUUGAAGUCCCUGGGGAAGUUUCUUCUGGUGUGAGAUCUGUAGUCGGAUGGCUGAAACAGGCGUCUCUGGAAGUAAGGCAGGCAGGAAGACGCACGCUUAGUAACCUGUCUGGAUCCAACAUGGCGGCUACUGUAACAAUACUUCAUUACAACGAUGUCUACAACAUAGAGUCAAGAUCUGAGGAGCCUGUAGGUGGGGCUGCUAGGUUUUGUACUCUUGUGAAAAGUUUUUCUCACUUACAACCGCUUGUACUGUUCAGCGGAGAUAUAUUCUCACCAAGCAUGCUAAGUACCUUCAUCAAAGGUGAGCAGAUGUCCCACGUAUUGAAUGAGUGCGGAACUCACUGUGCAGUCUUCGGCAACCACGACUUUGAUUUCGGUUUGGAAGUUCUGAGUGAGAGAGUGAGCGAAACAAACUUUCCAUGGCUAAUGUCAAACGUAAUAGACAACGAGACUGGUCGUCCUCUGGGGGACGGCAAGAUCACACAUGUCGUAGAUUGGAAUGGAAAACGAAUUGGACUGGUUGGGUUGGUUGAGCAAGAAUGGCUAGACACCCUAGCUACCAUCAAUCCAGAUGAAGUGACAUUCCUGGACUUUGUAGAGGCCGGGAAGAAGCUGGGAGCGCAACUCAAGGAAGAGGGUUGUGAUUACGUUAUUGCAUUGACACAUAUGAGAACACCCAACGACAUAAAACUUGCAGAGAACUGCAAUGAAAUCGAUCUGAUACUGGGUGGUCACGAUCACGUGUACGAAGUGAAAAAGGUUAAUGAGAGAUAUAUAAUCAAGAGUGGGACAGACUUCCGCCAACUGUCCAAGAUCACCCUUAAGUUCAGCACAACGGGUGAGGUGGAAGUGGAAGUGGAGGAACUGAAUGUCACCGCAGACAUUGAGGAGGACCCGACGCUGCACAAGAUGUUGGAGAAAUACUACAAUGUCAUGGAAGGGAAGCAAGCUGAAGUUCUGGGCACAUUCUCUGUACCAUUGGAAGGCAGGUUCGAGUGUGUCCGUCGAGGAGAGACCAACCUCGGCAACUGGGUUUGUGACGUCGUCCUGGCUGCUACAGGAGCUGACCUGGUGCUCCUCAACUCCGGAACUCUCCGGUCGGACAGGGUUCAUCCUGCGGGACCCUUCACACUGGGAGACCUAGUAGCUGUGAUCCCCAUGAGGGACCCCAUUGUAGUGUUGAGCGUUUCAGGGUCUGGUAUUCUCAAUGCCUUGGAAAACGGUGUGUCGCAGUAUCCUAAGCUGGAGGGAAGGUUUCCGCAGGUUGCGGGGGUGAGUUUCGCCUUUGACCCAGAGUUGCCGCCCGGCUCCCGCGUAGACCCUCAGUUUGUACACAUCGGGGACGAGUACCUGGUCCCCACACAGCAGUACAGACUGGCUACCAAGGCUUACCUACAUUCGGGCUGCGACGGAUACACUGUGUUCAAAGACGCUCCUGUUCUGGUGGAAGAAGACGAAUGUCCUGAGCUGGGACUAGCCAUUCAGAACCACUUCGAAGCCAUCAAAAUGAGACUUGGCAAGUCGAAACGCAAUAGCAAACAUAGACAGAGCCUUGUCACGCUAUCUAGGAGACACAGCUUGGUGAAGAUGUUGGAUGGUAGCGAGCUGGACGGUCCGCCACCGCUACGAAGAGCGUCUACUAUAGAGUCUCCACCUCCGCACACUCAUGCUCACUCUCACGCACAGCCACGACUCACACGACGAGCAUCACUGGACGACCUGGAGCACGACUCUUGCACACUCACACCUAAGGUGGACAACAGGAUUAUCCGCUUGACACCACAGGUACGCCAGGAGCUUAUUUUGGAGAGACAGAGAAUAGAGGCAAAUUCAGUGAUUCCUGAAGUCGAAGAAGUUGAAUCCACUUCUCAAAACAGCCUCGAUAAAAUCUAAUCAACGGCUCAAAUCCACUCCUAUUUUCCUGCCUGAAGUGGUCAACUUCAAGUCCAUGUUUUUGGUGCCUCAAGACAUCAUUUGUUACAUAUUUUAAUGUCAUCAUAACUUAUCAUUGUUGGUUUUAAACAAUAUUGUUCGUUUUAUUGAAUGUUAUUUAUUGACUUUGUAAUUUAAAUGUUCAUUUAGUUGUUAAAUGUUUGUUUACAUAAAUGUUUAACAUAAUUAUGAUCUUAAUUUAUUAUAAUUUUAACAAGUUAGAAUAUAAUCAUUGCUAAGAUUUUAGUCAUUUUUCUACUGAAAUGGAUGGUCAUAGUUUUCAGUUUUUUAAAGAGAUUGAGGUUAUUUUUUUCAAAAUAAAUAUGGUUGGAACAAUAAUUCCUUCUUUAACUACUCAAAGAUUUACUUAAUCUCAUAAAGCAAUAUCCACCAAAUAACUCUUAAAUCAUAUACUCAUUGUUGAGAUAUAUUGUUGGAAAUUUAGUCUUUUAAGUCCAAAGGCACACAGUGUCAUUUUAUCACUUUAAACCAAUUGAGUAUGUUUUAUAUAAUAAAAGUACUACGUUGGUUUAAUAUUAAAGUUAUACUUUAAAAAAUAUCUUUUAACUUGUUUUAGUGUGGAAAUAAUUCUCCAAACAAGCAACAACUUCAGACUUGUAGGUAAAAAUUUGUAAAUAGUCACAACAUUAAACUUGGUACUCAAUGAUACCAACUUGGUAUAGGUAACUAAUUAAUUAUUGUUUGUUGUGCAUUUAGAAUUUAAGAUAAAUGAUAUUGGAUGUUGUAAGCUUAUCGUAAGCUUAAAACAGUAAUUGAUCAAAUGCAAAAUGAAUUAUCUCUCAGGAAAUGUAUAUAAGUCUUUGUAUAAUUGAGUGGAAAUUAUAAACAGAAACAUUCUUCUUAGUUAGAUUUGUUAAGGAUUUGUUUAAAUAAUGGACAUAGUUCCUAAAGGGUUUUAACUUUAUAAUCCUAAAUUGUUUCUACUACAUGUAUUCGUAUGGCUUACUGCUAAAAUUAAUUUUUAUCUCAAAAGUUUUUCAAUACAGUAUUUCUUCAAUCUUAAUAACAAUUAUCGGAGGCAAUAGAUUGCACCAGACGAAAUUAUAUACAUAUUCUGUAACUACUCAGUCUAAAAGAAUUAUAAUUAGUAGGUAAAAAAACAUAUAACACAAUUAAUGUUCACAAUGUGUUAUAUUACAACCGUAAGCUAUGAAUUUUAAAAUUAACAAGUUAACACCAAUUUUGCCAACAAUACAUAUAUUGUUUAUAAUGAAUCUGUAAAAAAAUUCUUGAAAAUGGCAAAAGUCCAUUAAAUGCUGACACGUUUAGACAUGAUUUGUUUUAACACUAGAUAUAUAAAAAAGUUUUUUUAUAGUUAAUGUUAAUUAAUAGUCACUGAUCUCUAAAAUUUGUUAUGGUCUAAUUAAUGAUCAUUUGGCGGUUUAUUAUCAUUAUUCUUAGAGUUAAUUAUUCUUAUUCUGUUGCAUCAAAUUAUUUACCUAAUGAGAUUUCAAAUCAGCUUUAAACUAAAGUUAGCAAACUAUUUAGAUUAGAAGACAGUUUAUAAAAUAAUCUGUCUAUAAGUAUCCUCAUGGCUUACUUGUAAAUAGUCAUGAUAGCUUUUUAGAAAAUAUACACAGUUAGUAUGUUAUUUAUUGCUGUUAUCUAUAUUUUAAUUGUAACUUUGCUCAUUUAUGUAUAUAACUCAAUAUGUAAUUUUUGUAUAUACAGAUUUUAAAUAGUAUUUAGUUUGAACUAGUUUUAGAUUUCUAACACUGUUGAAUUUUUAUUGUUUAAUUGAUGUUGUAAUGGCUUUGUAUUUUGUAUUUU